GCUCUUGUUACCGCAUCGUUUCCCGCCGAUUCUCGAUCGGAGAUUGACUUCGCAUUCAGUGUUCGUUUGAUACUCGUCUAUCACCGCGUGAGGUCGAGUGAUAAACUCCGUUUUCAAAGACCGAUUUCCCGAUUCAACUGAAGGAAGAACCACCCUCAGUAUCGAAGGAUGGCCAAAGUUCAUGUCUGCAACGUUCUCGUAUACGACAACCCUUCGGCGUUCCUGAAGCCCUUCCAAUUCGAAAUUACCUUCGAAUGCAUAGAGGACCUCAAAGAAGAUCUUGAAUGGAAGAUUAUCUACGUUGGAAGUGCGGAAAGUGAACAAUAUGAUCAGGUGUUGGACACAAUUCUGGUCGGACCGGUCCCAGAGGGUAGGCAUAUGUUCGUCUUCACCGCGGAUCCACCAAACCCGUCGCGAAUCCCGAUGCAGGACCUCGUCGGCGUCACAGUUGUCCUCUUGACAUGUUCGUACAAAGAAAAAGAGUUCAUCAGAGUCGGGUACUAUGUCAACGUUGAUUACGCCGAUGCUGAACUCAAGGAAAAUCCACCGGCCACACCCGUGUACGAGAAACUCGUUCGCAACAUUCUGGCAACGAAUCCUCGGGUGACAAGAUUCAAGAUCGAUUGGGACGACCAGGAGGCCGUCAAUCAGGAGAAUGUUCCGCCCACGACCAGCGCAGCUUCCCUGAACGCUCACGAGGACCCCUUCGGCCCCCUGAAAAAUCCUGUCGCGACUUCGAAGAGCGAGGAAAGCUCAAUGGAAGUUAUCUAGCCCAAUUGAAUCCGCGCCCUGUGAGCUACCGACGACUUCGAAACUCUCGGAGGACACAGCGAGGAUAACUAUAUGCAGAAUUCGGAAGUUUGGGUUUCGCCACUUUUUGUACUACGAUUCGCUACAUAUCGUCCGCAACGACUAGAAACUCGUCGAACGAAUCCCGGGGACGUCGGUGUGCAUCGCAUGAAUCGAUGGUGUCACAUGUAGAUGUUGACGAAAAGGUGUCGAAAGCUGCGAAUUUGAUUAGCUUGUGAAUAUACUGUAUAUAAAGAGCGACAAAGGGCGGUAGAGCAAACUCAUCAUAAUAGAAAAGAGAUAAUUGUGAGCGUUGAACUCACUUCCGGAUAAUUGAACCCACAAACACUCGGAGAAGAACCCGAUGGCAGUGUCAGGAGAGGCGAGUUAUUUUGUACGUCCAGUACUGCCCAAUACAGAAGUAGUCAUUUUUGUAUUUAUUACUGACAUUUGGUCGACUAAGAAUAAUAAUCGAUCUCUCGAAUUCGAACUUUGUCAGAACCGUGCAAGGAUAGAGGCAUGAGAACAAGCAAAAAUAAAAGCGACGCUUCAUCGCGCCAGGUCACCGUCAU